CCUCUGACUGCUGUAAAGAUGGGCCUGUGUCAGACCAAACUGGCCAAGAAUGGGAGAGUCCUGACUCCCCAUCAGAAAGAACAGCUCAAAAUGACUGUCAUCAUCUUCGUGAUUGGUGGACCAGGCAGUGGAAAGAGUACCCAGUGUAAGAAAAUGGCCGCCAAGUAUGGCUUUCACCACGUGGCGCUGGGAGAUUUGCUGAGGCAAGAAGGAUCGGAGGCUACCUCGCGGGGCCGGCAGAUUCAGGACAUCAUGAACAAGGGAUUGCUGCUCCCCGCGGGAGCCAUUUUAGAUAUCCUGAAUGACAACAUGCUGUCCCAGCCCGAAACCAGGGGCUUCCUCGUUGAUGGCUUCCCCCGGGACCUUGACCAGGCCCAAGAGUUUGAGCAGACUGUUGGUCGCUUGCCUGAUGCUGUCAUUGCACUGGAUUGUGAGACAGAGACCCUGAUCCACCGUCUGCUGCUGCGGGGCCAGUCGGGGGGCCGGGCUGAUGACUGCGAAUCCCUCCUCUGGCAGCGCCUGGAGACCCACUAUAGCAUGUGUGAGGCCAUCUUUGCCUUCUAUCAUCAGAAAAGACUGCUUUUCAACAUCCCAGCAGAGGAGGCUCCGGAAAACGUCUUGGCCAAAUGUUGCUCUGUUAUUGACCAUCUGCGAUAGAGAACUCCAACCCUGCCCCACUGAAGUCACAACUUCAGAACACAGGAAGCUCAUAUUGUCAAUCACCAUGAUCAGGCUUUUACAACAUCUAUAGUGAACAAACAUCCGCUUCAAAACCCUACGGACAGAGAAAAGGACAGACAGCACCCAGCGGACACGGGGAGAAUUUUGUUAUCAUUUAUUGUGAAGUUAAAAACGAGCGAUAAAAAGUAAAAACUGAG